GGCACUCGUCGAAAUAACGAGAUUUUGGUUUUGUAGGCGGGUUCUGCCUUCAGCUGGCCGCUCUGGAUAACACUGACGGAUCUAUUAAACGAGCCUGUUUGCGUUGUUAUCUGUUGCUGCAGUCACUAACGCACAGAUGUUUUUAAACUUUCUUGGUUAGCUCCGGCGUGAUGUGGGCAUGAUACGUUGCUACAAAAGCCGGUGUCUACAGCGAGUCAGGUGAUCCUCCGCUACCAUACACCGUGCAUCGCCUGACGUUUGCCUGCCGACCAAACAAGAUCAGCAAUGGCCAGCACUAGAUUCCGUGUCGCGCUCAUCCAGCUCGCGGUGAAAGCAAGCAAGGCAGAUAACCUCGCUCGCGCCGGAGUCGAAAUCAAGAAAGCCGCGUCGAGCGGAGCGAAGUUCGUGUGCCUGCCCGAAUGUUUCGGCUUUCCGUACGGCGCCCAGUACUUCCCGAAGUACGCCGAGUCAAUCCCCGGUGAGACCAGCGAGAUGUUGUCUAAAGCUGCACGAGAGAACGGCGUCUAUCUCAUCGGAGGAUCGAUGGCCGAAACGGAGAACGGCAAGCUCUACAACACCUGUCUUGUCUACGGUCCUGACGGUGAAAUGCUCGCAAAGCACCGCAAGGUUCACCUCUUCGACAUUGACAUUCCCGGAAAGAUAACGUUCAGGGAAUCCGACAGCUUCACGGCCGGCAACAGCCUGACCACGUUCGACACCCCUUACUGCAAGGUGGGCCUCGGCAUCUGCUACGACCUUCGUUUCGCCCAAAUGGCGCAGCUCUACGCCAAACAGGGUUGCAAGCUGCUCUUUUACCCCGGUGCCUUCAACAUGACCACGGGGCCUCUUCAUUGGGAGCUGCUUCAGCGCGGCAGGGCAGUCGACAAUCAGCUGUACGUGGCGACUGCGUCGCCGGCUAGAGACGAGAGCGCUUCUUACGUCGCGUGGGGUCACAGCAUGCUUGUCGAUCCCCUCGGCAAAGUCGUCGCUUCGGCGGGCGCCUACGAAGAAGUAGUCAUUGCAGAGGUGGACCUGGAGCACCUCGAAGCCACCAGAAACCAGAUACCGAUUACCAAGCAGAAAAGGGAUGAUUUGUACGAUGUUGUUAGCAUAGGCGAUGGGAAAUAUGUGUGAGAGAAGUGUGGUGCUCUCUAACCAUGCCGGCUUUUUUUCUUGUAAACUUGUUCAAAAGUCCACAAGACCUUGCGGCAUGAUGGGAAGCCGAUCUCUCUCUCUUUUUUUUUUUUACAGAAAAAUUGUUGCAUUGGGUGAUAAAAGCUUAUUGGUUUUUGUCAUCAUCUUGCCAGUUUUAGUCACCUGUACCAAUAAUUAAAUAAUGUUUAAGAAGCUUGUGUAAACUGGAUUUCUCCAUGUUAGCUGAUCCAGCAUUACCAUUUUGUGUGUGGCUGGUUCAUUUUCGAGUACACACACUAAGGUGGCUAAACACCUACGGCGUUGCACUGCUGUUCUGU